AUGUCUGUUCCAUUUGGUGUUGAUUUAGGUAACAACAAUACUGUUAUUGCAUGUGCCAAAAAUAGAGGUAUUGAUAUUGUUGUUAAUGAAGUAUCUAAUCGUUCUACUCCAUCAUUAGUUGGAUUUGGACCUAAAUCUAGAUACUUGGGAGAAACUGCCAAAAACCAACAAACUUCGAAUAUCAAAAACACUGUUGAAAAUUUGAAAAGAAUUGUUGGAUUACCUCAUAAUCAUCCAGAUUUCAAGAUUGAGCAACAAUAUUUCACUGUUCCGUUAGUUCAAAACAAAUCGGAUCACGGAGUUGGUGCUAAAGUUAAAUACUUGGGUAAAGAUCAUGAAUUUACUGCCACUCAAUUAUUAGCCAUGUAUUUGGACAAGAUUAAGGAUACUGCAGUUAAAGAGACUAAAGGAAACAUUAAUGAUAUUUGUUUAUCAGUUCCGGGAUGGUACACUGAAAAACAACGUCGUGCUGCUGCUGAUGCUUGUAAGAUUGCUGGUUUGAAUCCAGUUCGUAUUGUUAAUGAAAUGACUGCAGCUGCUGUUGGAUAUGGUGUUUUCAAAGCUGCUGAUUUACCUGAGGAUGAUUACAAAAAAGUUGCAUUUGUUGAUGUUGGUCACAGUUCAUACCAAGUUUCAAUUGCUGCUGUUAAAAGAGGUGAAUUGAAGAUUUUGGGAGCUGCUUAUGAUAAACAUUUUGGUGGUAGAAAUUUCGAUUAUGCCAUUGCUGAACAUUUUGCCGAUGAAUUUAAAGGUAAAUACAAGAUUGAUGUUAGAGAAAACCCCAAAGCAUAUUAUAGAGUUUUAACUGCUGCUGAAAAAUUAAAGAAAGUGUUGAGUGCAAACACUCAAGCACCUUUCAAUAUUGAAAGUGUUAUGAAUGAUGUUGAUGUUUCAUCUUCAUUGACUAGAGAAGAUUUGGAAAACUUGGUUAAACCAUUGUUGGAGAAAAUCCAUAUUCCAAUUGAAGCUGCUUUGAAAGAUGCUGGAUUGAAAUCAGAAGAUUUAGAUUCAGUUGAAGUUAUUGGUGGUUCUUCAAGAAUUCCAACUGUCAAGACCAAGAUUUCUGAAGUUUUUGGUAAACCAUUGUCUUUCACUUUGAACCAAGAUGAAGCUAUUGCUAAAGGUAAUGCUUAUAUUUGCGCUUGUCAUUCACCAACUGUUAGGGUUAGACCAUUCAAAUUCGAAGAUUACAACCAAUACACCGUUUCUUACUUCUGGGACAAAGAAGAUAAUGAAGAUGAAGAUCAUUUAGAAGUGUUCCCUAAAGGUGGAUUAUUCCCAAGUACUAAGAUUAUCACCUUGUACAGAAAAGGACCAUCUUUUGAAGUUGAAGCUAAAUAUACCAAACCAAAGGAAUUACCAAAGGGAACUGAGCAUUUCAUUGCUAAGUGGAAGAUUGGUAAUGUUGAACCAAGUGCUGGUGAAUCUUCAAUUGCUGUUAAAUUGAAAUUGAGAAACGAUCCUUCUGGGUUUUACACUAUUGAAUCUGCUCAUACUGUUGAAGAACAAAUUGUUAAAGAAUUAGUUGAACCAAAAGAAGGUGAAGAAGAUGACGAGGAACCAGCUGAACCACAAUACAAGGAAGUUAAGAAAUUAGUCAAAAAGAAUGAUUGUUCGAUUGAAGUUGAAUGUGCUGCUUUACCAGAAGCUCAAUUACAAAAAUUCAUUGAAGAAGAAGGACAAAUGCUUGCUGAAGAUAAAUUGGUUGCUGACACUGAAGAAAGAAAGAAUCAAUUGGAAGAAUACAUUUAUGAAUUGAGAGGUAAAUUGAGUGAUCAAUACAAGGAUUUUGCCAAAAAGGAAGAAGUUGAGAAAUUGACUGGAUUAUUACAAAAAGCUGAGGAUUGGUUAUAUGAAGAUGGAUAUGAAUCAACCAAAGCCAAAUAUAUUGCUAAGUAUGAAGAAUUGGCAUCGAUUGGUAAUGUGAUUAGAGGUAGAUAUUUGGCUAAAGAGCAAGAAAAGAAGGAACAAUUCAGACAAAAACAAGAAGCAGCUCAAGCUCAAGCCAUGGCUGAAAAAAUGGCCAAUGCUAGAAAAGAAAAUAAGAAUGGUGAUGAUAAGAAGGAUGCUGAGGGUGAUACCAAGAUGGAUUGA